UGGGCCAGAGGCGGGCUAGACCCGAGGCCGCCCGGGCGGGAGGCAGACUUGAGCCCCGAGCCCAAGUGUCGUUGCCUCCCGGACGUCGGGCGCGGGACAGCUCGCGGACCAACAGCCCCGGCUAGGCCCAGCAGGUCCCCCAGUCCCCCUCAGUCCCCCGCAGUCCCCCGCAGUUCCCCGAGACUCGCCGAGCGCCGUUGCUGAGCCCUGCGAAUAGCAGCAGGGUGGCCACUGCAACUGAUGUGGAGGUGCCUGACAAGAUGAAGAGCCCGAUCCCUGUGGUGCUCCUGGCCUGUGGCUCCUUUAACCCCAUCACCAACAUGCACCUGCGCUUGUUUGAGGUGGCCAGAGAUCACCUGCACCAAACAGGAAUGUACCAGGUCAUCCAGGGUAUCAUCUCUCCUGUCAAUGACAAAUAUGGGAAGAAAGACCUCGCAGCUUCUCGUCACCGAGUGGCCAUGGCCCAGCUGGCCCUGCAGACGUCCGACUGGAUCCGAGUGGACCCUUGGGAGAGUGAGCAGGCACAGUGGAUGGAGACAGUGAAGGUGCUGAGGCAUCAUCACAGCAAACUGCUCAGAUCUCCACCCCAGAUGGAAGGCCCAGACCACGGCAAGGCACUCUCCCCAACCCCUGCAGCUGUGCCUGAGCUGAAGCUUCUCUGCGGGGCAGACGUCUUGAAGACCUUCCACACCCCCAACCUCUGGAAGGACGCGCACAUCCAGGAAAUAGUGGAGAAGUUUGGCUUGGUGUGCGUGAGCCGGGUGGGUCACGACCCAAAAGGGUACAUCUCAGAAUCUCCCAUCCUACGGAUGCACCAGCACAACAUUCACCUGGCCAAGGAGCCCGUGCAGAAUGAGAUCAGUGCCACAUACAUCAGGCGAGCCUUGAGCCAAGGGCAGAGUGUGAAGUACCUGAUCCCCGAUGCUGUCAUCACCUACAUCAAGGCCCACGGCCUCUACACCAAGGACAGUGCCUGGAAAGGCAAAAGCACCCAGAGCGCUGAGGGAAAGACCAGCUAGGGAAGGGGACUUGGCACCCACACCUCCUCCACCAAGCUCCUGCUCGGGAGAGGGCUGUUAAGGUUUCUGUUUGAAUUUGGUUUUUGCUUCUCCAUUUUUCAUUGGUUUAUUUCUACAACGAUUCUACUUCUGAAGAGUCUUCUGUCUCAGGAAGAGAUUCUUCUUUGUGGGAGAGGAAAGGUCUAAAUCACAAGGAUGGACAUUUAUCAACGAAGUUAAAGUAGCAUGGCAGGUCAUUAGGAUUAGGCAGAAUCUCUCAGAGCUGCUGGACCAAGGAGGACUACUUAUUUUGUGUGGAUGGUAAUUACAGCGUGCACACUGAAUGCAGUUCUGAGAAUGGCAGGGGCCCCUGAGGGUCAGAUCAGAAUUGCCCACAAUGCAUUUUUUAACUAGGACCAGGUGCAGCAUGCUAGUCUUGAUUGGAGAGAUUUGACAGGAUGCUAAUUACUGAACAGUGGGUUUUGUCAAUGCCCUGGUUUCAGAAUAUGAACUGAGGAGUCAAACAGUUGGAAACAGCACAUUGCUGAUUUACACUGAAUCUUGCCUUACAAACCAUUGUCUGCCUGACUAACCAGCCCUUCAUAAAAUUUAAACAAAACUCUUUCUACAUAGUGAUCCUCAAGCAGUAUUUUUCAUAUGGCAAGUGCAAGUAUAAAAGCCGGGGCUCCUGAUUUCCAGGUUUCUAAAAAGGAACUGAGGUAAAACAGAUGCCUGACUGUUUUAAAGGAUCUUUUUUUUUAAUGUUUUAUGACUGCCUGUCUGUUUGAAUAUUGGCAAAGGGAUAAAUAAUAAAUUGACAUCAAAAAGUA